GGCUGUUUCUUAUUGAAGAGUGGGGUCAGUGUGGCACGGUGAUAGGAAUCGUUACGGUGUUGUCUUUCCGUGGAUGUUCAGACACAGGCUGAAACGAACAGUGGUCACUUAUGGAGACCAUUCUAAACUGUAAAACGGAGGAUCUGGAAGAUUACUACGGGCUGCUUGGGUGCGACGAGCUAUCAACGACUGAACAAAUUGUUAGCGAGUUUAAAGUAAGAGCACUGGCCUGCCACCCCGAUAAAAAUCCAGGAAAUCCUAAAGCAGUGGAAGAGUUUCAAAAAUUACAAGAGGCCAAAGAUGUUCUUACAGAUGAGACCAAAAGAAAAAGUUAUGAUUUCUGGUUGAGGAGUAGGAUCACUUUGCCAUUCAGUGAGUGGCAGGCCCUGCGGGACUCUGUUAAAACUUCAAUGCACUGGGCUGUUCGGACCAAGAAGGAACCAAUGCUCGAUGCAGCAAAAAAUAUGCCUGCAGUCAGCUCUGAAAACCAGGCCAGUCAGUCAGACAGUCAAGGUUCACUGGAGGGAAAACCAUCAGAUGAACGACUUUGUUCAAGUGAUUACUGGCAUCACAGAUUUCGCUGGACAGGUGAAGCUCCUUCAAGCCUUUUGCAGAAGUUUAGAAAUUAUGAAAUAUGAGUAUUAUAUACCUUUUUGUGCUCCAUGCUUUCCAUGCCUCAAUUUAUGGCUAUGGUACAUAUCUUACAAAAUGAAGUAUUUGUGUAUUAAAACUGCCUUCAGUAAGUCUUAAAUAUGUGGCAAUUGUUUGUCCCAUAGUGGGAAUAGUGUGCUGUAUUCUUAUAGUCCAUGAUACAAAAUGCGUGGACAGUGGAUAUGGUGUUGUUAAUGUAGGUUCAGUUGUAUGGAUAAUAAAACAUUGAUGUAUAUGAAAUAACCUCAGGCCUGUGCACACACUUUUUUCGGGGGCGGGGGGGGGGCGGACAUCAGUUAAACAUAACAAUUUUUCUUGCACAUUGCAGACACUCUUAUUGAGAGUGACAGUCUGAUCAUGUUUCAGAGGAAAGCAAACAUAGUUUGAAAGCAGCCAAACUAGCGUUACUGCUCAAGCAUGGAUUUGUAACUUUUUGUGAGGGAGCUUUCAGAGGCUUCUUAUGUCUGGUUCUUAAUGAUUCUGACUCGGUAAAUUUUUGUCGAAUGGAGUUUUAAACCCCUCUGAAUGAUUCUGUUUACUUUUAAUUAAGCAGAAUUUUAGAAAUUAGAAAUUCCCCUUUAAUGUUACCGAACUUUCCAAAGGCGAAUGUAAAAUCUCCGCAGAGGGGGCGACCAAAAGCGAUGAAGCUCGUGGAACCCAAGCCGACCCUCAGCUCGGUUCCCAGGGCGAAACUGAGCCUCACCUCGCUGAAAACAGUUCUUGAAGAAUGGCUAUAAAAACACAAAUAUUGUACAGUCGGAGGGUAUCGAGCCGCUUUAUCUGUGCACAUGCCUGAGUAAAAUAUUUCAUUCAAAAGCCGUGUCAUCUUCCACGUAUAUGCUGCUUUAACACAAUAAAGUGUCGAGCUGUG